CCCGCGGCCUAGUCCCCUCACUCGAGGCCCAGGCCCCGCGGCCUAGUCCCCUCACUCGAGGCCCAGGCCCCGCGGCCUAGUCCCCUCACUCGAGGCCCAGGCCCCGCGGCCUAGUCCCGCCACUCCAGGCCCAGGCCCCGCGGCCUAGUCCCCUCACUCCAGGCCCAGGCCCCGCGGCCUAGUCCCCUCACUCCAGGCCCAGGCCCCGCGGCCUAGUCCCCUCACUCCAGGCCCAGGCCCCGCGGCCUAGUCCCCUCUGCCUGGUACGAUGGCCAAGCCGGGGGCCGAGCUCCUGCUGCUGGACUCCAACAUCCGCCUCUGGGUCGUCCUCCCCAUUGUCCUGAUCAGCUUCUCGGUGGGGCUGAUCCGCCAUUACCUGAGCCGCUUGUUACAGGGGGAGAGGCGAGUGGAACUGGAGCAGCUUUCAGACAGUCAGGUGCUCGAGAGAAGCCGGAACCUGCGUGAACAUGGGAAGUAUCUCCCUCGGCAGGUGAGGAGAGACUGAUCACAUUCAGAGAUU